AUGAAGUUCUUCUCGACCAUCCUUGAUGCCCUCAGCCACCAUGCCUUGGAGACACCCAACAAGGUUGCCUUUGCUUGGGUUGAUAUCAAGUGUGAGGAACAAAACAAGAUGACGUUCAAACAGUUGGAGGACCAAUCCAAUGCUGUUGCUGCUCGUCUCCUCAAGCUGGGAUGCCAAGAGGGAGACCGUGUCAUGAUCGCCUAUCCCUUCGGCCUAGAGUUCUUGACUGGCAUGUUCGGUGCCAUGAAGGUUGGAGUCAUCCCUUGCUCCAUCUAUCCACCCAAUCCCAACCAGCUCAAGACUGAUAUACCAAAGUUCCGUGGAUUUGCCAAGGAUGCUGGAGCCAAGUAUGCUCUCUCGACUAACAUGUUUGCUACUGCCAUGACUGCAGCUAGUGUCCUCUACAAGACUGGAGUGAAGUGGAUUGGAACUGAUAAUCUACCAAUCAAGAAACGAAAACGCAACAAGACGAAAGAUUACGAGAAGUUUGAGGGAGAACCAAAUGAAGUCUGCUUUAUCCAAUACACGUCUGGAAGCACCGGACGGCCCAAAGGAGUCAUGAUCACCCACCACAAUCUUGCAGAGAACUGCAGGGCCAUUGGCACUUCCACCCAGAUGACUUCUACUUCAGUGACUGUAUCAUGGGUCCCUCAAUAUCAUGAUAUGGGACUCGUGGGUGGUUUCAUGUCCUGCCUAUAUUCUGGUGCCCUCCUUGUCAUGACCUCACCUCUGGACUUCCUAUCGAAACCUGUUCUUUGGUCUGAUAUGAUUGAGACAUUUCAAGCAACGCAUACCUGUGCCCCUAACUUUGCAUACGCCUUGCUUCUAAAGCGAUUAAAGAAAUCCAACAGAACAGCUGACUGGAGUUGUUUGAAGUUUGCUGGGUUUGGUGCUGAACCUACCCAGCAAAGUGUUGUAGAGGAUGUGGUCGAGACUCUGUCCGUCGAGCCAGGAAAUGUUCACAACCUCUAUGGCCUUGCAGAGUCAGUUGUCUGGCUUACAAAUGGACCUGCUAUUGCAGACUCUGAAGGUCUUGUCUGCUGUGGAGAAGUAACCUCCCCUACCCUCAAGCUCCGAAUUGUACAGGAUGGAAAAGAGGUUGGGGAUGGACAGGUUGGGAGUAUCUGGGCCCAGUCACCACGUGUGGCUGCCGGUUACUAUGGACAACCUGAGCUUACUACCUCUACAUUUGCCAAUGCUUUGCCCCAAUAUGAUGGGACCUGGCUUGACACUGGUGACUUGGGGAAGGUUGUGGAUGGGCAGCUCUAUGUCACUGGAAGAGUCAAAGAUGUCAUCAUCAUCAAUGGAAAGAACUACUAUCCAACUGAUGUGGAGCUGUCUAUCGAUGAUCUCUUUGGUGAUCUUAUCCGUCCAGGCAGGACCACAGCCUUCCAACACGGGGAGGACAGUGUUGGUAUCACAGUCGAAGGCCGCAAGGACUUUGACAAGUCUGGAAAUGAAGAUUUGACAGUCCAAAUAGCCAACCAUGUAUCCCAAGUGCAUGGGCUGUUUUCCUCAGAGGUUGUUGUGCUGAAGCUUGGUGUAACACCCAAGACCACCUCUGGCAAGCUGAAGAGGAGUGAGAUCAGGCUGACAACAGUUGGUGGUGAUUGGAAAGAAUCUUCCAUACUACUUCAAUUCAAGAGGCAGGAAACUGUUACUCCUCUUCAGAAAAGUCAACGUUCAUCUUUCCUUGAAAGGAGCUUUUCAAUGCGUGGCAUUGCUAGUAAUGAGUUUUACCUGGAUGAAGAAACUGAACAUGAAAUCAUGAGGCAAUCUGUGAGUACUGGUAACUGGAAUUUUGAGCAGCUUCCCGGCAUUGACCUUAGCCAAACAAAUGCCCUCCCCAGCAAAGCUGCAGACCUCAGGCUGUAUGAUACUGCAGUUGCUGGUGCUUUGGGCCCAGAUGACUUCUCCAGCAGAUAUGCCAACACAAUCGCAUCUGUCUUUGGUUACAAAGUUGCCUUAUCAAAAUCAUGGGCUGAGAAUGGACUCACGUCUCUCAAUAGUGCUGAGCUCAGGAACAAGGUUGAGGAACAGUUGCAUGUGGCCCUCCCAGCAAAUUUUGCACAGCUUUAUCCAACCCCCAAAGAGCUUGAAGAGUUUCUGGCCUCAUCAGAAGGCCAACACUUUCCUACUAAAUCAGCUGAUGAGCAUGUCAACUUUCACUGGAACAAUCCCAGAUCACAGUGCAGCAAACUUGAGAUGAGUCUCGUCCAAGGUCUGGGAUUUAUACCUAUUACACUGGUGCUGUUGGCUUCCAUUUUCCCCUAUUAUCUUGUUGCAGCAAAACUGUCAAGCAAAUGCAGCAUCUCUGAAGACCAAGAGUGCUUGAAGACCAGCUUCUUGUGGUUUCCACUCCUGUUCCCCCUAUUUUGCCUUUCUUUUUCUAUCAUGGUGGUCCUUUGCAAGAUUCUUGUUGUUGGCGUGUACCGCCACCAGGCAAUCAAUUUGAUGUCAAGGCACUACCUAAAAUGGUGGUUUGUUGAUCGAUUGAUGCAUGUCUGGGAACUUUUUGUUGGUAGAUUCUUGUUGGAGACAAAGUUUGCCUGGCUAUUCUACUGGCUGCUUGGUGCUGACAUUGCAUGGUCUACAAAAAUUGAUGCAUUCAUUCGAGAGUGUGAUCUUGUUAGUGUUGGGGCCAAUUCAUCAGUUGGCCAUGCUAUACGGUGCAGAAAAUUCAGGCCAUGGACCGAGGGCAGUCCCAGAAUGGUAUUCCGUCCAAUCACUGUUGGGCCAAACUGCAAGGUGUCUGGGAUGUUAAGCCCUGGGGCUGUUAUUGGAGCUGGGUCCAUAGUCGAGAAAUUGACUGUGGUGGAGGAAGGAGCUCAAGUUCCAGAUGGUGUCAUUGCAAGAGGAAUUCCAGCACACAAAGCCGGUUCAUGCAACCGUCUGGAGGCAAACUGGUGGAAUGAAACCCUUCUUGAUGCUUUCAAAGUUUUCUGGAUGUUUUCAGAAGCCUACCAUUACUAUGCCCUAUACUUCCUUGCCCAUGCAAUCCUCAAAGAAAUCUUGCCAAUAUGGCGCUAUCAAGCUAUUCUGCACUGGUUCCUGCUGUUUCCUCUGGCUUCAUUGAUUGCUAUGGUGACUAGUAUCCUCUUGAAAUGGCUCUUGAUUGGAAAGAGAGAUCCAUCAAAGGAGUAUGGAGGGACAUUGUGGAGAAGAGCAACCAACUGGGCCUGUGACUACCACUUUCGAAUUGCUGCUUGGAUGCUUGGCAAGUUUAUGGGAGGAUCCCGAUUUGAGACAUUAGCUCUGUGGUGCCAUGGCCUUGAUGUUGAUGCUGUGUCAAUUCUCCAUACUGCCUCUAUGAUUUUUUCUCCUUCCAAGGUAGAUUUUGUGAAGAUACGUCAAUCCUUUCUUGCUCUUACUGAAAUCGAACUGGAUAUUCCCUCUGCCUCCGGGGAGAAAAUUGAGAUUUCCCACAGCUCACUUGGAAGAGACACAAUUGUUCAUGCUGGUGCUAAGGUCGUCCGAUCAAAAAUCCCAUCCAGAAGUCAGGUCUCUGACAAGAUCUAUGAUUUGAACCCUCCAAAAACCCAACUAAUAGUGUCAUGGAGCUUCAUCCUCCUGGAAGUGAUUCUUCCUGAAGUUGCUCUUUUGGUUAUGAUUGCCAUCAUCUUUUGGAGUAUCAUCCCUGCAUUUGAGCUGGCUUCAGCAGUUCCAGGAAGCAACUCUUCUCCAAGUGUGCUUAUUCUGAUUAUUGUGGGGGCUGUUGCCUUUCAGUUUCUUGUCUGGAUUCUCCUUGCCAGGAUUCUCGAGUGGGCGUUUCUAAAUGUGCUUCCUCCCUCUAUUCAGAAUGGAUUCUUCCGUGUCUAUAUCUCUUACAUGAAUGGCUUCCGUUAUGGGAACCCAAUUGAGGUGUUUCUAAUGGGAACACUAUUCUUCAAGCACUAUGUUCUUUUCAUGGGCGCAGAAGUCGAUGGUGAUCUUUGGUUCUUCGAUUGCACUCUGGAUGAGUUUGGUAACUACCACUUUGAAGGCAACACAAUCAUGGACAAUGCCUACCCUCGUGGCCACUAUGUUGAUAUCAAUGGACUCAAGCUAGACGAUGUCUACAUUUCUGGGGUUAUCCAUCCUGGAUGUUAUAUUGCAGGUGGAGCUGUUGUAGAAGGCAGGGAAAAUGGUCCAUUGAAAUCUUUCUUUCCCUCAACUGCUGAUACAAAGCCACGGUGCGAGUGGUCAUAUGAUGAGGAGGAGUGA